AUGUCGCAACCAAUCCUCUCUAUCCAGUCCGGCGACUCUAGCAAGAGCAAGGCAGUGACUAACCUGCUGCCUUGCCGAAUCCAUCACGACGGCCCAAUUGGCGAGGUCGAUUCCUCCUUUUGGAAUCCCACGAAGACAGAUGAUGGAAAGAACGUAGCAUACUUUCGAGGAAGGAAGCUCCACGGAACGACGGUCAAGCUGCCCAAGCAGUACAGAGGAGUGGUGAUGGAGAAGAGCGACAAGAUCGAGAACAGGCAGUCCGAAGUCGAGGAGGAGGUUGAAGAGGAGGAGCCGCUAGUUGAAGUGGGUGCCAUGGACGUCAAGGCCGAGUUUGACGAGAUGGUCAUCUGGGGACACGAGGCCAGCGCCGAGGCUGCGUCGGAUCCAUACGUCAGGAGUAUUGAGGAGUGGCUCACAGUGGCGGACCAGAUACACUCAUACGCAUCACCAGACAACAAGAACGGCGCAUAG